AUGGGGCCGAAAACAGGCAAGCCAGACAAACCUGGCAAAGGCCGCAACAGACCUGGAGAAGGAGCUCCCCAGGCGUCGGUUGUCGAAUUUGGUCUUCCUCAGUCUGUCAUUGCCUCGCUUCAGGCAAUAGCAGCAAGAUCGACGCAGGACCUGUGGGCAUCUCCAGCAGCUAUUCCCGGCGACCUUACCGUCGAGCAACAACACUCACGGCAAGCCACGGCGUCUUACAAGCUCUCCAAGCGCAUUGCUGGAGAUUCCAAGGCAAAAGACGACCUCGCUGCGGCCUUGGCUACAUGGGUGAACACUAUAGGCUUGCAUCUUGCGGGCCUAGUCCAGAGGGUCCGUGCACUGGGCGACAAGAUAGACGAAGACCUGAUGGAAGCUUGCAGAGAAAUGGAGGCCACUCUGUCUGGUCUCCCUUCCUCCACUACUCAGGAAAAAAUUCAGGCUGCUUCCUCCAAACUCGGCCCGGUGUGGACACAGCCGCAAGCGGAGGAGAUUCUGCGACUGGCGUCCGCCCUCCGGGCAUUCAGUGUUGUUCCCGGCAUGGCUACAGGGAGUGGAUGUCUUGGCGCUCCUGCUGCUGGCACUCGGGUAGAAGGAGUACUGAGCACAGGAAGGAGCGUCUUUCCUGGCGUGGUCAGUGGAACCGUCGCCCCUUCGGCUGUCUCUGCCCCACUGGCGCCGCCACCUGCGCCCGCCAUUGCUGUCACAGACCCCCUUGGCGAAGGUGCUGCGCACGUAAUGGAGGGAGCCAGGCAGCGGCGAUGGAAGCGAGGCAAUGUUGCCUUGCCACAUCGGCCCAGCAAGAGUCCCCGACGCGAGGAUCCCGGUGCUCUUGCUGCUAUGGGCACGGAUUUCGGCAGAUCCGAUGCUUCGGCCCCGUGGCUUGGGAUAGCAACGGGAAGGACACCGGAAGGCCCCAGGCGUCCGGCAAUGACGGAACUUUCCGAGGAUGCCGAACUCUGGCCAGAUCCAGCCUCGGUUUCUGCCUUAGCCCCGGUUUCCUGGCACGGUGCUUGGACUCAAGCUAUGACCUUUAUUCUGGCAAAUGGCGGCGAGUUCAUUGGCGAGCUCGACUCCUCCCCGGAGCAAGAUGCUGUAUGGCCUCUACAGUCGGAUCCUACGGCGGUGGCUGCAGUACAGUCAGAGGCGGCUUCCUUCUGGACUGCCUUAGGGGCCGCGAUCGACUCCAACUCCGAGGCGCAAAUCCCCGGGAUAGUGCUCGUCUGCCAAGAGCUUCUGCAACGCAUUCGACUGUGUCCGGCAGCGCUACCGGGUAUCCAACAAGGAGUGGUAGUGGCUCUCCAGACAACACUGGGCAACAUCCUCGACUAUCAACAGUAUGGGCCAGCCACAGCACAGGAGACCUACGCCAGCGGACGACCCGGGCAGCUCUUGAGCUUUGAUAGUGAGAUAUACAGGAGGAUUCGUUGGAGGGGUCUUGCGCGGCACUGCUGUCAAGCAUUUUACCAUGUGUUGAGCUUGGGCGUCGGAUGGGGCGGAUCAGCGGUUCAGGUCUAUCGGCAAGGUACCUGGAAUGGUCAGCCGGUGUAUACCACUGGCGGCGAGUAUUCUGUUCUGAGUGUCAGCAAGUGCCGGUACCCUUCCAUGUUGAUGAUCGUGCACACGGUGUUCUCCUGCACCCACGGACGCGUGGCGUGGUAUCAGUGCACUUUGCCUGUGGAUUUGCGCCCUGUCGGAGGUAAUAUCCAGGUGCUGUCUGCCCGGCGUGAUCACGCUUGUGUGGACGUGGUCCGCCGUGCUCUGCUUGCACAAGGGCUUCCCUCUGAACAGGCCGUCUUACUCCGUACCAGCAAAGGCUGGUUCAGCCCUGCUUCCUUUUUGCUCUUGCUGCCAGAGCUAGAUUCUUUUCAGGUAUGGCCAAUUACUGCAUCAAGUGUGGAGGCUAUCGAGGGUGAUUCGCUCCCCUCCGUAGUCUCGGAUGACUGGUUUCGUGUCAGCCUCCCCUACACACAGGGUUCAGAGGCCGCAUUGCAUGAUACCGCUGGCUCCAAUGCUGUUGUCAUUUAUAGCAACGGACUGUUUUUCACUCAGGCGCCUUCCUUCGCGGACCAUUUGACACUCCGUUCCUCCGUACUUCAUACCUUCCUUGCAUCAGCACCUGGGGACCCAACGGUUCCUUUGCAUUUUGCGCGGUUGUUGCCUCCGCUCGAUAAUUUGCCGCCAGUGCAAUUUGUUGCUAUGUUUUGUCACGACGGCUUGCCCCCGGCACUAGUCGACUUGCGCCCAUUGGGAGGUGCCCUCCAUGUUUUUGGAGCCAGCAUGUAUGACACUCCGGCAACGCGUAUCCAAACUGCGAUUAGUCAGGGUGGAGACCCCUCUGUGAACAGGCCGUUGACCUCAAGGCUCGUCUCAGGGGAACUUUUGGUCCUGCAUAGGGAGGUCAUUGUCAAUCCCUUUGUCGCUUUGCAAGGACAGCCUCCAUUGCCCAUAGUUGUGGUAGCUCGGCGAGACAAUAUCGCUUCAGGCUUCAGGACCGCUGACCCACAUCAUGCCGUCUCCGAUGAGGAGGAUGAGCAUGAUGAGGUCUCGCCGUCGCCGCUGGAGGUCUCACGUGGAUGGGGUUUUCAGGAAGGUGUCCCUUUUCAGGUUCCAGCUGACCGUGUGUCUGAUUGGGAGGAGCAGGUUGUGCCCGGUCUUGCUGACGUAAAUGCGCAUUACAGACUGGCUUAUCGCCUUGCCCUUCCUGACUCGCUCACGCAGUUAUCAUGGACCACUGCGAGUGGCAUGCCGGGUUCUUUCUUCAAGGCAACCGACCUUUCUUUCAGUUCCGGGCAGUUCCGCAAGUUGAUGUCAGUUGGCCAGCUGCAACAUCUACCGAGCCCUCUCUUCGACACCGGCACGUUGCCACGCAAACAGGAUGUUCGCCAGCAGCUGGUCUUCAGUACAGUGGAUGGUCGUGACCCACACUUGCCCACGUGCUCUUAUGGGUUUGACGGGGAGCCUGAUCUGGACUCCACGGCGGGGCGCUUUGACGAGGCUCUUCCCAUUGGUUCCACGUCUGGAUUCCUUCCACGCACCAUUGGCCUGCUAGGACGGUGUAUUCAGAGGGUUGCCCAUCUGCUCCAUCUCCCCUCCGGCGUCGCGCCUCCUACUCCUUUCUGGUUGCUGCACUUUCGGGGACGUGGCGCUGUUGUGGCAGUUGUGGCACCUGGUUUUGACUGGGCAUUGGUGGCGCAGCAAGCUGCCGAGAUCUUUGGGGGCGAUUUCUUUUUGAAAAGCGCCUUCGGAGUCCAGCAUUGUGGGCGCGUCUUUCCCUAUGGCACCCAGUUGCCGGUGCCCCCGCACGGGGCUAUCAUUUCUCUGGUUAGGAUGACGCAGCCUAGCGGCGCUGGUUUCUCCACUUGGGACGCUCCACGUGAAGCGUAUUACAUCCCGCAGUUCAAUUAUGACAUUUGCCGUGGCCCCUUGUUUGAGCCGGCCAUACUCGCCAGUGGUCCGACGGUACCCCCAACGCGGUCAGAUGCUCGGCGCACCUCUGUCCCGGCCUCUGAUGUCAGCGACCCCCAUGCACACUCCAGCAUGGCCGACCUCUCGGUACAACUCGCCGCUGUCACUAGGCAGGUUAGUCAGCUUACUGCUAGGCUAGAGGAGGCUGGGGUCCUGGAGGCGCGUGCUGGCACGGCAGACCCUGCGAGCACUGAAGAGCCUUUGGCUGUUACCACAGCGGAGGCCACCAAUGACCCCUGGACACGCGUUGAGCAAUGGGGCGAUUCGAGGGCAGCUACCACCCGUUGCUCGAACCGUCUUGACCAUGCCCUGGUUUUCUUGUGGGUUGCUAAUCGGUUCGGGUUCCUUCCUGGGCUUUUGGCCUCUCUUACUUUGGCCAGGGCGGUGGAUGAUGAACCGGUCGAGCCUGCGGAACCGUCAGCCCCCAGCUCCCCAUCUUACAGUGGAGUGCAGCCCCCCACGCCGGACACAACUGUUGAAGGUGAAGGCCUGGCGAGUACGGUUCGAGCUAGUGACGAUGCUGGGGCCAGUAUACUGCUGUUCCGGUGCAGGGCUCGCUUAAUGAAGAUGUCGCACCUUUUGACCGUAGCCUGA